AUGGAUGAUAUUUAUGGGUAUAUUUUUGAGGAAAAUAAAUGGGUUCAUUUUCUGGAAAAUCAUCCUAUUUUUUCAGUUUCAGAGAAAGAACAAGAAUUGAUAGGAAAUAUGAAGAAUAGAAGGUCAUUAAUUGCAGUAAGACAAACAGAGGUUUUUGUCGCAGUUGAUAGGACUAUACGUUAUGCGGAUUUGAAGGAUUGUAAAAUUGAAGAAAAUCAGAAAGAUAUGAGGAUGGAAUAUAAAGAAUUUAAGCUUAAGAAGAUUUCGUUUCAUAUUGAGCGUUUAAUUAUUAAUAUGUGUGGAACUAUUUUAGUAGUAGUUGGAAGUCAUGAUUUAGCGACGAUUUUUCUUCCAACAUAUUUAAAUUCGCUUGAAGAGAAUUCUUUAAGGGAUAUUUUUGUUGGACGUAAAUAUUAUAGUCAAAUAGAAAUUGUAUCUGUUUUAUUUCAUCCAGCAAGUAAGAAUUUUUCUACAAUUUUAGUAUUAUCUUCAGAUGCGGUUAUUCGAGUGUUUGAAUUGUCAUUGAGUUUUGAAGAGUCAGAGCAGUCAAUUGAUCUUAUUUCAGGAACAGGGAGGACAAGGAAAAAGGGAUCUUUUAUUGUUGAUGAAGAUGUUUUUCAGGUAUCUGAUUUUUGUUUUGAUUCAAAGGCAAAUGAAUGGUCUUUAUUUACGCUUUAUGUUCUUCUUCAAAAUGGAGAUAUAUACUCAAUAUGUCCAUUGGUACCAACGAAUUGUAUGGUUCAGCGUUCAUAUUUAAAUCGUCUUGCAUGUUAUAUUUCUACAAAGUCACAACAACUAGAAAAGAGUAAAGAUAGCACUUCCUCUAUUUCCCUUGAAAACGAAAGUAUACGUAUGCAGACACGGUGGAUAUCUGAUAUAUUGGGACAAGUUUCACUUAUCAAUGACUAUGGAUUAGGUUCACCAUUAUCACAAAAUCUUGAUAUGCAAGAUUUGGUUACAUUUCGUCGUCCAAAUAUUUCUAAAUUUCCUGUAUUAAUACAAGGACCAUUUUUAUUUCAGCCUGCUCCAUUGGAAUUUUCUUCACAACAUGUUACAGCUUCUAAUAUUAUUACAUUAGGAACAAAUGUUGUUGGUAUAUUAAUUAUUUCUUAUGCAGAUGGCAAAAUAGAUGUUUGUGUAGAGGUUGAAAGAGUGGAACCAAAAUGGGUUUUGAGUAAAGAUGAGGAAUUUCCUCCUCCAGUUAAUUAUCUAGCGACUUAUGAAACUAUUACAGUUUUGGAUUCAAAAAAUGCAUGUGAUUCUAGAGAAAAUGUUGCUCUAAAUACAUUUCUUAUACAAGAUGUUACAAAGACUAAUACGUUUUAUUUUUAUUAUAAAACCUGUAUCUAUUCUGUGGUCUUAGGAUGGCUUGAAAAGUUAGAAAAAAAUGAUAAUAUUGAAGUAACAUCUAUUGCUUUCCUUUUAUCUGAAGGAAUACAACAUUCAUCUAUUUCUAAAUUAAUUGAUAUGAAUUCUUUAUCAUACUCAUCUCCUACUAUAAUAGGCUGUGAUUUUUUAACUCAUGCAUAUUUUGGGCAUUCUCUUAUUUUUUGGUCAACUGCAUUUAAUUGUACUUUAAUUGAACUUGAUAUUACGAAUCAAAUACAACUAGGGAAUGCAUUGGAAGAAUCUAACUCUAAAGACACAAGUGUUUCCGGGAAAAAUGAUCAUUUAAAAUAUUUCUCUUUACUUACAUUACCGGUUUAUUUAGUUUCUAUGGAAUCACUUAAUUUUCUAAAAGAGGUUCCCUCUUUUAUCAUUCCUGAUGAAUUUCAGAAUAAGCUUGUUGUUUCUCAGGAAUUCUUGCGAUUUUUGGGGAAAGUAACUCUUGAAACAAGAAAAAAUACAGAGAAACUUCACAAUUUAGUAGUUUCUAUGUAUCGCAGACUAGAACUUCAAGGACGGGAGUUUAUGAGACAAUUGGAAAAAUUAUAUGUUUUAAAAAAUAAGGUAGACAGUAUAGUUUCUAAAAAUUCAUCCGAAAGACUUAAGGAUGCUAUUAAUAAUCAAAAGAAUCUUCAGAAAAGAGCCGAUCAAAUCUUGCAGAAAUUAAUUAAAAGUCAUUCUCCAACAUUAAGUGAUAAUGAAAAAAAAUGGUUUGAUGAAUUGAAAAGAAUAAAAAUGAAAACAUAUGGAAGUAGGGGUUUUAAUGAAAAAAUAUUAUCUCUUUCAAAACAAUUCGAAGCAAUAAAAUUAGAAAGAGCUCAUAAUAAACCUGCAAUUGAUCUUUCUUCUAAGGAUAAGCUUCAUGAACCUGUUACAAUGUCUCAAAUAAAUCAAAUACGAUUGAUUUUAGAUGAACAAGAGCAACAUAUAUCACAAACUAAAUCUAAAUUGAAGAAAUUAAGUAAUAUACUUGGUGCUAAAUCAGAAAUAAUGGAAAUAUUCUAA